AUGCUCACGCAAGAAAAGCCAGAAGAGAGUAUAUCAAUACAGCACAGCAUUGGUGCAGAUAUCAUAAUGCAACUUGACGACGUAGUGUCCAGUCUAACGACGGGAUCUCGAGUAGAAGAGGCUAUGGAGCGAUCUGUAAGAUGGCUUGAUCGUUGUAUAGUGCAGCAUGAAAAAUCCGGGAAGAAAGACACACAAAACCUGUUUGCCAUUGUGCAAGGAGGCCUUGACCCUGUCCUUCGGGAUCGAUGUAUCGAUGCAAUGAUUGAACGUCGCGACGGAGUUGCUGGAUAUGCAAUUGGAGGCUUGAGUGGUGGAGAAGAAAAGGAUGUAUUUUGGAGAAUUAUCAAGCAAUGUGCGGAGAGACUGCCUGAAGAAAGGCCCAGAUAUUCGAUGGGAAUAGGAUUCGCUGAAGAUCUACUUGUUUGCGUUGCACUGGGAGUUGAUAUGGCUGACUGUGUAUUUCCAACACGUACUGCUCGGUUUGGAGUCGCACUGACACACAACGGGCCCCUUAACCUUAAACUCAAUAAGCAUGCUAAUGACCUCCGAACACUGGACGAAACAUGUCCUUGCCCAACUUGUACAGACAAAACCUCGAGAGCUAUGCUUCAUCACAUAGUCACCCACGAAACAGCAGCUGCUCAUGCCCUCACUCUUCACAAUAUCGUAUUCCAAGCUCAAGUAAUGGGUCGCGCAAGAAAAGCCAUCAUUGAGGAUAGAUUCCCAGAUUAUUUGCGAGCCUUUUUUGCUUCAUAUUUUGGGGAUUCUGGUUACCCGGAAUGGUGCGUUAACGCAUUGAGAAGCGUCGGUGUGGAUCUACUGGAAGGUAAAACCAAUGCAAAAGUAAAUCCUGGUAGAAGUGCAAAAUGGGAGUACGCCUCUACCCCGCAGAAAUGA